AUGACUUCCCAUCGAGAGUUUCUGCUGCUGCUACUGCGGAUAGCAACGCUGUGCCUCGUGAGGUCUGCAGAGGUCUACAGGGAGCAGAAAUUUGCCAUGGAGCCUCAAGACCAGACCGCAGUAGUUGGGUCCAAGGUGACCUUGCCUUGCAGGGUGAUUGGGAAGAGUGGAAUUUUGCAAUGGACGAAGGACGAUUUCGGAUUGGGAACGCACAGGAAUCUGAGUGGAUUCGAGCGGUAUUCUAUGAUUGGAAGUGAUGAGGAAGGUGACUAUUCCCUAGAAAUCUAUCCAGUGAUGCUUGACGAUGACGCCCGAUAUGAGUGUCAAGUGUCUCAGGGUAAGCGAGGCGAACCAGGCAUUCGCAGCCAUUUUGCCAAGUUGACUGUGUUGGUACCGCCUGAUCCUCCUAAAAUCGUACAGGGUGAUUACUUGGUCACGACAGAGGACAGAGAAAUCGAGCUGGAGUGUAUCAGCUAUGGCGGCAAACCUGCUGCUGAAAUCACGUGGAUAGACGGCCUAGGUAAUGUUCUGACAGAUGGUAUUGAGAACAUUGUCGAAAAAUUAUCCGAUGGUAGAAGAUACACGGCGAAAUCUAUAUUGAAAUUGACACCUAGGAAGGUACACCACAACACAACUUUCACAUGCCAGGCCCAAAACACAGCAGAACGAACGCAUCGUUCUGCCAAGCUGAAAUUAGAGGUUAAGUACGCGCCCAAGGUAUCUGUCAAAAUAAUCUCCGGUCUGAGCAGCAACGGUCGUAUCCCUGAAGGUUCCGAAGUGAGGUUAGGCUGCAAAUCGGACGCCAAUCCCUCAGAAGUCACCUACAGGUGGUUUCUGAAUGACGAACCCCUGGUAGGCGACUACACCACCGAAUUGGUCCUCCACAACGUCACCAGGAAACAUCACGACUCCAUUGUCAAAUGCGAAGUUCAAAAUGCAGUCGGGAAGAGCGAGGAGAGUCAAACGUUGGACAUCAGCUAUGGUCCACAUUUUCGAACAAGACCACGUUCGGUUCAGGCUGAUCAAGGAUCAAGCGUGACUCUGAGUUGUGACGUCGACGGGAACCCGUCUCCCGAUAUUUCUUGGUAUCAUGGAGAUCAGAAGAAGAUCGUCAGCACCAGCCCGAAUUUGACACUGAGGAUAGACCAGAAUUCUGCGGGCAGGUACUACUGCUAUGCGAGAGUACUGGGCUUUCCUGAAAUUGAAGCUGAAGCCGCUAUCUACCUUAAAGGUCCUCCGUCGAUUGUAAGCCACCGCACCCAAUUCGGCAUCGAGGGCGACAACGUUCGCGUCGAAUGCACCGCCUUCUCGAUCCCCGCUCCGGAGCGCGUCGUGUGGACCUUCAACGGACACGAGGUGGACCUGCACGACCAGGACUACUCCAUCCUGGAGGACUCCCUGCCGGAGGGCAUCAAGUCGACGCUGAUCAUCAGGGAGUCGCAGGAGAGGCACUUCGGGAUGUACAAUUGCAGCGUGUCGAAUCCCUAUGGCAGUGACGUGGUGGAGAUCAGUCUGAUGCCACAAAGUGAGUAUAAGUCGUUUCCGAUGCUGAUCGUCGUUAUAGGAGUAGUAGGUGCCAUCAUAGUCUUGAUCAUCGUUAUAAUGAUCAUAUUUCUAUGCCAGAGGCAGAGUAACAAGAAAGCACCUCCAGAAACGGACGUGCAUACAAUGGACAAGCAGUGCAAGGACAGCGACCGCAGCUCGAACAUCUCCGACCUGAAGCUGGACCUCCGCGCCGGAUCGUCGCAUAGCGAUGUGCACCGCGACCUGGACUACGCCCCUGGUGGUGGCUCGGAGACGGGCAGCGAAUCGGUGGUCACCAGGAUAGGGGUGCCCCUGGCGGGGCCGGUGGGGGUCGGGCCGGACCUGUAUAGGUACUCGGGCGACUACACGGAGCCCAGUUUCCCGCCCAAGGACGGCCAAAACAACAACGGCUACGUCCCCUACGUGGACUACUCGCGCGACUACACCCCGCCCACGAUGCAGCCGCCCAUCUGCCCCGCCCUCGAGUCCGCCCACUCCGCCCGGCUGCAGCUGGCCGACCCGCCCCACCUCUCGCUCUCGGCCAACGGGGGCCUGCCGGGCGUGGAUCCGCGGUUCAGCGCCGCCUACGGCAACCCGUAUCUGAGGAGUGGGAGUGUGGGACUGCCCACGCCCAAUACGGCCAACCCGGCGGCCACGCCUGCGCCGCCGCCCUAUUCCAGGGAUGGGUCCAGGUUAGUUAGUUCUAGUGCCAUGGUAACAGCAAGUGCCAAUGUCGUCAACACAGUGGUGGCGAACGGUGCUAACACACAAGUGACUCGGUUACCGAACUCUCCGACGAGCCAGUACAUAGUGCCGAAUUCCAAUAUGGCGACAAUCAAAAGGGGUACGAUGGCGACCCACGUGUAA